AUGUGGCCUAAGAUGAAGAAAUAUUGGGCUGAUAAACCUCCGACAACCGCCGAUAUUGGUGAUCUCUUAUGGAGGCCCCAAAGUUCCACGAGGCCUGUCAUGGCGCCUCUCUCGGAUGGGCCGUCCUGCUCAUUCAGCGAAAUGUCCCUACCUGAUUUGAGAGAGUUGGAGUCACUGACUAGACGUAAGCAGGCUGCUAAACUGUCAGACCGAAAAUCUGGGGCACCAGUGACGGAAGCUACCAUAAAGACCCUUCUAGACGAGUUACGCCGCAAUAUCGCUACUGACAUCUCUGCAUUUAGAGAAGAGAUCAGUGGAGUCUCAGCCCUCCUCCAUGACAUGGAGCAGGAACUCUCCACACUAAAGAGCGAACAGGCACAGAAACAACACCGCAUGGCAGCAAUGGAGGAACAGAGGUGGUGGAAGAAUGUAAAGGUCAGCAACCUUCCAGACACUGUCCCCACAGCUGAAAUACCUCACCUGAUCCAGAGGCUUCUAACCCAAUUAAUCUCCGCCAAACAGAUGACACUGGACAGCUGCUACAGGCUCACAGCUCCACUUGCAAGCACUACAGGGGUACACCGAGAUGUCAUAAUCUGCUUCCACAAUGGCCCUGACAAUCAAGCUUUCAUGACUACCAUUCGUAAUAAGUUGCCCUACACCUUUGAAGAUGAUCAGCUGACAUUCUUCCCAGAUUUAUCCAGGGCAACCCUGGACUGGAGGAGGUCCCUGAGACCCUUAACUUCGGAACUUACAAAGCACAAGGUACCUUAUAGAUGGGGAGCACCAAGGAGCCUACUGAUUCCCCAUGAAUCCAGGACAUUAAAAGUGCUGGAGGAUACAGAAAUACCCAGCACUCUUCUGAAAAUCAGGCUGUCUGAUACAUCGGAGGGAUCACUGAAACCAGCUCUGGCCACACAGUUAUCUGCCUGGGACCCCUUGAGGGUUCGUCCGUUUGUACCUAGUGCACUGCGGGGUAGCCCUGCAACUACUGCGGUGCCCUGA